GACGCACCAGCAGAAUGGCAUCUAUAAGCAACACCAUGACAACCAACUGCUCCUUCGACGAGGUGGACCACCUGAUGACAUCACUGGAGCUCGCCAUCUACAUGCCCAUCUUCGUGUUUGGCCUUGUCCUCAACAUCCUCGCCCUGGUUGUCUUCUGCAUCUUCCUCCGCAAGUGGAGUGAGUCCACCAUCUACAUGACCAAUCUGGCCCUCAUGGACCUCCUUCUCCUCCUCUUGCUCCCCUUCAAGAUGCACGCCACCAACCACCAAUGGGCGGCCCACCACCGCUUCCUCUGCUCCUUCCUGGAGAGCCUGUACUUCGUGGGGAUGUACGGCAGCAUCUACACCAUCGCCUGCAUAGCUGUGGACCGCUGGGUGGCAAUACGCCACCCCUUCCGUGCCAAGCAGCUCCGUUCCCCCCGGGCCGCUCUGGGGACCUGCAUCCUGGUCUGGGUGGUGGUGCUAGGGGGCAUCUCCCCCAUCUAUGGGUUCCGCAAGGCGGAGGAUGUGUCCUUCCACUGCUUCCACAGCUUCUCAGAGAAGGGCUGGAGCCCAAAGGUGAUCGGCUGCCUGUUGAGCUUCGGGUUCGUGGGGCCGGCCCUGGUGCUGGUAGUGUGUUCAGCCCAAACCAUCCGGACGUUGAGGCAGUCGGGCCAGGAGAGCCCUAAGAGCAGAGCCUGCGUGAAGAUCAUCUACAGCAGUCUCUGUGCCUUCCUGGUCCCCUUCACGCCCAGCCACCUGGGCAUCCUGCUGCAGUUCCUGGUGCAUCGAGGCCUGAUCGAGGACUGCUUGGCCAAGACGAGGAUCAGCCUUUUCUUGCAGGUGGCCAUGAGUCUGGCCAACAUCACGUGCUGUCUGGACGCUCUGUGUUACUACUUCAUCGCUAGGGAGGUGAGGAGCUCCAAGCAGACCUUCACCUUCAGGAGGUCCAGGUCCAUCAGCCAGAAGAGAGCCACCACCAGCACCUCAGAGCUCUGACGAGACCCAUGGAGGAACAAACACUGAGCCAAACUGGUUGAAAUGACGUUUUAACCAUUUUUGCCCACUGGGAAGUUACUGGCUUUUCUGACUAGGUUUGUGAGAUAUUCUGCCACAGUUGGAGUACAAGGGAUGUUGACUAGGAAGAAGGAGUAUUUAUUAUUGAAAACCUAGGCAACAAGAUAUGUUGAAGGACAACAAGGUACUGUAGGUUGAAUAGGAGAAGUCAGUUUGCUUACAGUAGGCAUUCAUGAGGUCGAUGAGUCAUACAGUAUGUGGGCUAAGACAUACAGUCAGGUCCAAAAGUAUUGGAUCCCUUGAUA